GGAUCACGGGAGAGAUGUCGAAUCCCCAACCGUAAAAACAGAUUGCUGCAAACUUUUUGAGCCACUGGCGUCAAUUCAUCAAUCAUCCCUCGCUAGAAUAGUCAAAUCCUUGCUUACUGCUAAACUCUUUUACUUAGAAGUUUCCUUGUACCAUUCCCUUCUCUCAUUAAGAUUAAGCGCACAUUAAUCUAUUCAAUUUCUCUGCAAUUUGCAAAAUUAACAGUUUUGAAUCAUUCAAUAACCAUAACUAGCAGCCAUGUUGACUUUUGUCAAUGCAAGAUCUUAUUCAAAUAAAUGUGCUCACCAACUAUCUGGCUUCCCACUCUCUUCCAAUCAUUCAAAUCCCCCUUAUUUACUUCAAAAUUCUAUCUCUCUUCCAAUUUUUUUGGGUUCUUCAACAACCCAAUUCAUUUUGGUUGAUCUAUUAAUCAAGAAACUCUCACCUGGGUGACCCCUCUUCAAGUUUGGUGUUUGUAAUCUUGGAAAAAUCCACAUUUACCCAACUCAAAAAUCAGGUAUUUUUGAAAGAUUUUGAAGUUUAAAAGACUAUUUUCAGAUUAUAUUGCUCAAUAUUUGGUUAAAUUUUAGACUGUAAUGUAACUCUGCAAUCAAAUUUAGACUACAACAUAGGUGGGAAGUUUUUGUUGGGCUAAAGAAAGAGAGUAUUAUUGAGAUAGAUUGGUUUUGGUUUUGGUUUGACCGUUUGAUUUGUGUUUAGAGAAUAUGGCACAUUUUAGCCAAGUUCAUUCCCCUUCCUUUGAUGGAUCCCAACAUGGUGUUGAGAAUUUCCCAUUUCAGACCUCACAAGGGUCUCUCAAGGUUAUGUUAUUACAUGGGCAUUUAGACAUUUGGGUUAAGGAGGCAAGAAACCUCCCAAAUAUGGACCUGUUUCACAAAACCCUAACUGGUUUAUUAGGGGGUUUGUCAAUUAUGGGAUCAUCAAAGAGGCUAACAAGUGACCCUUAUGUCAAUGUAUCUGUUGCUGGUGCUAUUUUAGCAAGAACUUUUGUAAUGAGAAACAAUGAUAACCCUGUUUGGAUGCAGCAUUUCUUUGUACCAAUAGCACAUACUGCUGCAGAAUUGCAUUUUGUAGUGAAAGAUGAUGAUGUAGUUGGUGCUCAAAUCAUAGGAGCUGUUGGUAUAUCAGCACAUCAGCUGUAUUCAGGUGCAAGAAUUGAGGGAUACUUCCCAAUUACUAAAGCUAAUGGUAAAAAUUGGGAGACUGGUGCAGCUUUAUGUUUGUCAAUUCAGUAUAUUCCAGUUGACAGGAUGAACAUGUAUCAUUUAGGUGUGGGCCCUGGUCCUGAAUAUUAUGGGGUUCCUAGAACAUAUUUCCCACUUAGGCAAGGGAAUAGAAUUACUCUUUACCAAGAUGCACAUGUUGAGGAUGGUAUGCUACCUGGUUUUAGGCUUGACAAUGAUAUGCAAUAUGUGCAUGGGAAAUGCUGGUAUGAUAUCUUGAAUGCAAUCUCUCAUGCUCGUCGAUUGGUGUACCUUACAGGGUGGUCUGUAACCCACCUUGUUAAACUUGUUCGUGAUGCAAGAGAUGGUUCGGGUAUCACAUUAGGAGCUCUGCUCAAAGCUAAAGCACAAGAGGGUGUAAGAGUGCUGCUCCUUGUUUGGGAUGAUCCCACUUCUCAGAAUAUUCUGAACUUUACUACUCAAGGAAUGUUAGCAACAGAUGAUGAAGUGACUUUCCAAUUCUUCAAGGGCUCGUCAGUGCACGUGAUACUUUGCCCACGAUCUGGUGGAAAAGGGCAUAGUAUUAUCAAGCAGCAGGAAGCUGGAGCAAUCUAUACCCAUCACCAGAAAACUAUAAUUGUAGAUGCUGAUGCAGGUCACGGUUGGAGAAAGAUCAUUGCUUUUGUUGGUGGUCUUGACCUCUGUGCAGGGCGAUAUGAUACCCCUGAACACUCUCUGUAUAGAACAUUGCAGACAGUACACAAGGAUGACUUUCAUCAGCCAAACUUCACUGGUCCAACUGAUGGAUGUCCUAGAGAACCAUGGCACGAUCUGCACUGUCAAAUUGACGGCCCAGCUGCAUAUGAUGUCCUCACCAACUUUCAGGAGCGUUGGUUAAAGGCUUCAAAACCUCGUGGCCUACAAAAAAUGGGAAGAUCUUACGAUGAUCAUCUACUUCAGAUAGAUAGGGUUCCUGACAUUCUCAAACUAGAAGAUGUAAUCAGACACAAUCAUGACGAUAGGGAAUCAUGGCAUGUACAGAUUUUUCGCUCAAUAGAUUCCAACUCUGUUAAAGGAUUUCCAAAGGAUCCAAAAGAUGGGACACAAUGGAACCUUUUGUGUGGAAAGAAUGUACUAAUAGACAUGAGUAUACAAGCAGCAUAUGUACAUGCCAUUCGCGCUGCUCAACAUUUCAUCUACAUUGAGAAUCAAUACUUUCUUGGCUCCUCGUUUAAUUGGGACACUUACAAGGACUUGGGUGCAAACAAUUUGAUACCUGUUGAAAUUGCGCUUAAGAUUGCCAGUAAAAUCAGAGCCAAUGAAAGAUUUGCUGUAUAUAUUAUUAUUCCUAUGUGGCCAGAGGGUGAUCCGAAAGGCCUUGCCAUGCAGCGGAUUCUGUUUUGGCAGUUCAAGACUAUGCAAAUGAUGUAUGAGAUAAUCUACAAAGCUUUAGAAGAAACAGGAAUGGACAGCACUUAUGAGCCUCAAGACUACUUGAAUUUCUUCUGUCUAGGAAACCGCGAGGUUUCAGAUGAAAAUUCUGCAAGAAAUUAUAAUGGUUCUGCAAAUGGAAAUACUCCACAGGCGCUUUCAACCAAGAAUAGACGAUUCAUGAUCUAUGUUCACUCAAAAGGCAUGAUAGUGGACGAUGAGUAUGUGAUCCUGGGUUCGGCAAACAUCAACCAGCGAUCCAUGGAAGGCACCCGAGACACUGAAAUUGCAACGGGUGCUUAUCAGCCAAACUAUACUUGGGCUAGAAGACAAUCUAAUCCACAAGGGCAGAUAUAUGGAUACAGGAUGUCACUAUGGACCGAGCACCUAGGAAAGGUUGAGGACUGCUUUACGCUACCAGAAAGUGUCGAAUGUGUGAGACGUGUAAGAUCAAUGGGUGAGCAAAACUGGAGACAAUUUGCUGCAGAUGAGGUGACAGAGAUGAAAGGGCACUUACUGAAGUAUCCUUUGCAAGUUGAUAGAUCAGGAAUGGUUAGCCCUCUUCCUGGUUAUGAGACAUUCCCUGAUUUAGGUGGCAAGGUUAUGGGAACCUUCUCUGGCAUUCAAGAGAACCUUACCAUUUGAUCAUAACAUCCAUUCCCUGAUUAAUUAUUUUUUGACAUGAUUUUUAGCUGAUUGACCAUCUUCUUGUUUACUUGAUCAAUGUAAUUAUAAUUGAGAUUGAUCAACAAAUUUGUUUAUUCCUUCUAAUUUUUUGUCCAAAUAAAAUAGAUGACAUGUAUACUUGGUUUGGGGGCUAAUUUGCCAUGAACUCACUUGAUCCAUGCCCUUUUCUUAUUUUGUAAUUGUGUUGGACUUCUUUUUGAAAAUACUA